AUGUUCGACAUCGCUCAAUUGAUGGAAAGGACUAAUAAUUUACAAAUGCAUAAUGAAGUACCAUCGGAUUCUGAGCAGUGGAAAAGUCAAAAAGAAAACAUACCAGAACAAAAGCCGGCAUUAAGCAGCUUAAAUGAAUCCGAUUUUGGUAAAAUUCCUGUCCAACCCACAACACCAUUAAAUUACGCACCACCGUCGGCCGUUAUCAAUAAGUCAGCGUCAGCUCCUUCAAGAAGAGCUAUCUUAACUUCCUGGGACUGA